AUGAACCUGCUGAGCGGUGAACCGUUGCUGAAGAUAAACUUCUUCCGCUGGGUCGAAUGGAUGGAUACGAUCAACGGGAUCAAUCUGUUCGCUAGCCACCGGCUUGGCCGCUACUUUCAGCGUGCGUUCUAUGUGCUGCAGUUAGCCCAACUUCUGGUUGCCUAUAAUCUCGUCGUUGGCUGUCUGCAAAACACCACGCUGGAAGAGUUUGCCAAGCGUUUCAACGAAUUCGGUGGCAUCCUGCUGACCUUCUCGCGUCUGAUCGUCAUCAACCACCACAAGAGUGAUCUUCGGCGAACGGCAAAUUUCAUCAACCUGUCGGCCUUUCAUUGGCUUAACGAGCGUGCGGAUACCAUACGAAACCGUACCCUGGUCAAUGCUCGCAAGUUCCUUACGACGCUCCUGUUUGUGCAGAUCGUGACGUUGGUGUUCUGGUUUCUGUUGACCGAGUACCAGGCUCGCAAGCAGAAUGUUCUGCUGCCAAUGCUCCCCCACCUCCCGUUCGGUGAUACCGCCCAGUGGCCCGAAGCAGCAAAGCUAGCGUUCCGAUUGUACUUCUACCUCGGCUACUCUCAGCUAAUGUUUACCUUCUUCGGUAGCUACGUGAUCACGAGCUGUUACCUCCUGGCGCUCACCAUCGAGCUGCGUAUCUUGAACGAUUCGUACAAAGAUGCUCCGUUGGAACUAGCGGCGUUGGUGAGCUUCGUCAAAGAGCGAUCGAUCUAUAAGAGUGCUCUGCACGAGCAUAUCGACAUCGUCAAGCGGUUAAUGAACGGUGGUGUGCUGCUCGAGCUCGUCUUCAUCGUCGGUCUGCUAACGAUCAAUGGGUUGCGGUUGUGCACGAUGACGAGUGAUUGGAUCGAGGUGGCACUCUCGAGCAGCAUGAUUUUGAUCUACCUGUUCGAGUUGUUCCAGUACUGUUGGCAGGUCGAUGAGAUAGAACUACUGCACAAGCAGCACUCGUUCGCAGUUUAUUCUACACCAUGGACCGGAGCGAUCCGACCGCUCAAGGCAUUUCUGCUCAUCACAAUCCCUGCGUCACAGAAACCACUCUGUUUCAUGUGCGGCGACAUGUAUCAACUCUCGGCCACGCUGUUUGCUUCGAUGUUGCAGUUCAUCUACUCGCUGUUGAUGAUGCUGCUACAGUUUAACUGA